GCUGCUUGCAGACAUGCUGAUAUGGAAAAAGUGCAAUAUUUGUGUGAAAUUGGAGCCAAUGUUCAUGCAUUAGACACGGAAGGGGAAACCGUUAUACAUGCAGCAGCAGGAUCACACUUUCUUGGAGUAGAAAAACUUGAAUAUCUGCUUAAUGUGAAAAAGGUUCCUCUUCAUACAACAGACAAUGGGGGGAGAACAGCUCUUUUUCAAGCAGUUAUAUCAGCAGUGGAUACAGGCGAUGUUGAGCCUAUGGCGUUCCUGAUAGACAAAGGACUGAAUGUUAACCACAAGGAUAAAUUAAAUAGACACACCUUGUUAUACAUAAUGAUACGUUGCUCUACCCAUUGUCCAAACCCAAAACAUUUUUCAGAAGCCAUUACAAUCCUUCUGAAUGCACAUGUUGAUACUAAUCAACAAGAUCUUGAAGGUAGAACAGCUCUCCACUUGGCAAUUGAGAAGCAGAACAAGGAGAUUGUCAGGUUGCUUCUUGAAAAUGGCUCAAAUGCGAGUCAAUUGACUAACUAUGGAGAAACGCCUUUACACUAUGCUGCACAAUGCCCUCUACCGCAAAAUGUCCUUGACAUUAUGAAGCUGCUUCUAGAACACCAGACAGAUAUGGAUGCACAGAAUUGGAGGUGGAUGACAGCACUUCACCUUGCUGUUCAGUCAAAGGAAAUUGGAAGAGUAAUGUUGCUACUGCAACAGAAGGUCAACCUCAAUUUACAAGACUACAAGGGAAGCACCGCCCUCCAUUUUGCAACACAGAUUUCAUGUUGGCCAAUUGCUUCACGCCUAUUAGAUAAAGGCUGUGAUGCAAAUAUACGAGAUUAUUAUGGCAAAACAGCAUUGCAUUAUGCAUCAGAAUCUGACUACAUCUUUAAUAUUCUUCUUCUCCUUGAAAAAGAUGUAGAUAUAAACGCGCAGGAUAAGGAAGGACAGACAGCCCUUCACAUUGCUAUAAGUCAUGGCGGGAUGAAAGCGGUUGAGUUGCUUUUAGAGGAAGGCAUAGACACAAUGCUUCAAAAUAAUAAAGGGAGAACAGCCCUCCACGUUGCUGCAGUGGUGGAUAACGUUUAUGUACGAAUGCUCCUAAAUGUAGGUGUGGAUCCAAACGUACAAGACCAACAGGGUAUGACAGCACUUUCAUGUGCAAUAGAACGUGAACAUGUCCAGAACAUUGCACUGCUCUUCGAUAAAGUGACAGACCCAAACUUACUUGACAGUGAGGGCCAAACAUUAUGGUUUUAUGCAUGGUCAGAAUACACAUGGAAACUACUGCUGGAAAAAGGAGCUGUUCCAACUAUCAUAGAUCGAAAGGGGAGAACAGCACUUCACUAUGCGGCAAGAUUACAUACAAAUAUCAAUUUAAUAAAACUAUUGUUUCAAAAAGGUGUCAAUCACCUAUUGAAAGACCACACAGGGAGAACAGCCCUUCACAACGCUGCUGAGACAGGAUGUGAAGAGACAAUUCACCUUCUCCUGGAGAUGGGUGUUGACCCAAGCAUCAAAGAUGAAACAGGAAAGGUUGCUCUCCAUUAUGCUGCAUGCAGUUUGAAUAGUGGUGGCGUAAAAUUGCUGUUAGAAAAGGGUGUUAACCUGGCUGUAAAAGACAACACUGGCGGGACAGCUCUUCAUUAUGCUGCACAGGAAGGAAUAACUGACGAUGUUGCGUUGCUCUUAGAGAAAGGUUGCGACAAAAACGAACAGGAUAGACAGGGAAAGGUGGCACUUCAUUAUGCUGCAGAGAGAAAAGAGAGUGACAUUCUGAAACUGUUAAUCCAUAAAGGGGCGAAUCCCAGCGUAGUGGACCUAAGUGGUAGGACAGCCCUUCACUAUGCUGCAAUGAAAGGAACAUUGGACAGUGUUAAGGCGCUUUUAUUAAAAGGUGUUGACGCAAAUAUACAAGAUGGGCUGGGUAAAACAGCACUUCACUAUGCAACAGGGGGAUCUGAUAGCGAUUUUGUUUUACAAGACACAUGUUACAAGCAAACUGCCCAAGUACUCUUAGAAAGUAGCAAUAAUGUCAAUAUCAAAGAUGACAGGGGCAUGACAGCCCUCCACCAUGCUGCAGGGGCUGGCAAACGUGAAACUAUGACUCUACUUAUUGAAUAUGGUGUUAGUCUUUGUAUGCAAGAUCAGCAAGGCAUGACAGCACUUCACUAUGCAGCUGAAAAGGGAAAUAUCGAGUGUGUCAAACAACUCCUACAGAAGGACAUUGACCCAAGCAUACAAGAUAAUGAGGGCAGGACUGUUCUUCAUUGCGCUACAAAGAAACUACACAGAGGCAUUUUUGCAAAUAUUCUUCAGAAAACCAGUGACCCAUCUAUACAAGACCACCAAGGACAGACAGCUUUUCACUAUGCAGUUCAUGUUUUCAAAUCUAUGUGUGAGGGGAAUAUCGUAUACAAGAAGUUUUUUUACAAUAUUCACAUGAAAGCACUCACUGACUGUGUUGCACAGCUUAUUGAGAAAGGCAUGGACCCCAGUAUUCAGGAUCACAAAGGACGGACAGCUCUUGAAUAUGUUGAAAAUGGGAAUCGUCGUGCCAUUAUUAAAGAGCUUCUGGAGUAAGGGAUGCACAAAUAUGUUCUCAAUUAGAGUGAGUGAGUGAGUGAGUUUAACGCCGCUUUUAACAGUAUUCCAGUUAUAUCGCGGCGUGUCAGCUUAAUGUGGGAGGAAAGCUCGAAGUGAUGCAGGUCUUAGAUGUUCUCCAGUUCAGCGAAACCCACGUGCACGGGUAUGGUGCUGACAACACUUGAAACAUCUCAAUUAGAAAUAGAAGAUGACCUUGUCAUGUAUCAACAGAAAUAGGCAUUAGAUGUGUUCAUAUAAAAUAAACUGUUACGAUGAAGGGCGACUGACAGGGAACAUUAAGACAACUUGAUUACACCAGCCGAUGGGCUGCUUUGUAUAUAUGUAUACUUAGUUUAGGUCAGUGUUACAUUUGAAACUAACAAGAAAUGGUCAUCUAUGUAUCAUCUGUAGGGCAUAUGUUUGAUGUUGGUGAUGUUCUAAAUACGUCUAAGAGUAAAGGACCAUAUGUUUCUGAUGUAAAACAUAUUCGAAUGUUUAGGACGAUGCUACAAUAUCAAGAUGCAAUACCCAAUAUGUACAGUAAUUUCGUGUUAACAUACACAGAAAACCUAAUUAAGCACCCUCUGGACUUACUAACUCCCGUCUCAUCUGAGAUAUGAUGCCAAACUAAAUUUCAUCUGAAAGAUGAGUCUCCUGACUCACAAAAACACAAAUAUUGAUGCAUGUACCCUUCUUAUCAUGUACCCUUCUUCGCCUUAUGCGAUUUAGAUGUAUCAACUGCCACUCCCGAUCUAAUGCAGUUCACAUAUUUGCCAAAAAGGAAAUGUAAACGGCUGUCUCUCCAGUGAACAAAUUCUACACGCUGGCGUCCCACAGGGGUCAGUCAUUGGUCCAUUAUUAUUUUUUUAUUUAAAUUAAUGAUAUAUGCCAUGAAUGUUUGUUCGCAGAUGAUACUAGCAUUGGCAUAUCAU